AUGGGAGAUGAAUUAUGCUCUCAUUCCUUGACUUACGAGGAGAUAGAUUCUGAAACAGUCGUCUACUGGGACGUGGUGGAUUUCCCGGUGACCGACAUAGAUUCGUUUAAUGAGAAUAUUAGAUUAGCUCUUGGUAACGCUGGUUAUCAUGGUAAAGUGACAAUUAGAGCUUAUUACGGUGACAAGAAACCGGAUGAGUCUGCCGGAAUCACCUUUGUAUCCAGAGCGUCAAAACGUGAUAGAAUGCAUAACAUGUUAUUGGACAUGAAUUUGUGGGCAUUGGACAAUGUUAGUUCUGCACCGACAAACUUGAUGGUAAUCACAAAAAUGCCGGAUGACGAUGAUGAAGACGAGACUCGGUUCGUGAUAUUCCUUGGGGAUUUGAAUUUCGAAUGCUACAAUGUUCUCUUAGCAUUGCCUGAUGACUACCGACCAGAAAACAUGCCGUUUGAUUUGAACUUCACAUCAUGGCGUUGGAGUGACCUAUGUGCUGGAGGAUAUCCUCUGGAGGAUAGCCUAGUCAAAAGUCUAAGAGACGAAGUCGACCUAAGAAACGAAAAUCCACAACCACCCCAACCCGAAUCCCAAGUCAUUUGUGGUUGUAAAAACUAA